UGCUUGUAUUUACGAAAUUUGAAGAAAAUUGAAUUAUGAUUAUGAUUAAUAUUAUAAAUUCGUUACUUUGAAAUUUGUAUUGUGUUUGAACUCAAAUAGUGUUUAGGUUCAUGUGAAUGUGACUUGUUUGAUGAUUACUAAAAUAUAACUGUAAUUGCGUUUAAAAACAUUAUUAUUUUGAGGUUAUAAUAAUCUUGGGAGUAUGGACGAAGAACCUCCAAGUCCUGUGAAAAAACUUCGCAGUCCACUUCUGGACAAGUCUUUUAACAACAAAACUUCAAUAACCUGCAUGCAAGUUCCAGAAGGGUUAUUUGAAAGCAAAGCUGCAGAGAAGCACUUCAGUAAGUUUGGGAAAGUGUUGAGGAUACGUUUAUUGCCCAAGAAGCAUAUGUGUAUUGUUGAAUAUGAUCAGCAAACUUCAGCAGAACGAGCUGUGCUAAAUGCUGGAGCUUUUGAUGGCUUUAUGUUUGAUGUAACACGUACUAAGCCAAGAGUAAGAAGAAAAAGUAAAAGGGAUGAUGACCCUGAUUGGCUCCCAGACCUAGAUGUAAAAGCAGAGCUAUCAGCUAUGGUUGGAGCGCCAGCAUACAGAAUCACUCGGCAAAAACCAAUGGAGCUUGCAGUACCAAGAAGACAAUCGUUGGACUUAAAAGUGCCUGUGAGAAAAAAGACUAUUAUAGAAACACCAAAAAAAAUUAAACCACCCAAGUAUCAACCAGCCAGUGGUAUUGAAUCUCCUGUAGCGGUGAUAACAGUUCCUACCAGUCUCACUACCUCAGAGGCAGCAAUUGAACUGCAUAGACUUCGCUCUAGGAUCUCCUUAACGUCUGAUGAGAAAUGGAGAACUCUGGAUGCAAGGGACAGAGUGCUAAGAGCCUGGGGAGGAGCAGGCUCCAGGGUGAAAGUAGGCGGUGCUACCAUCGGAACGUGCCCAGAUAUGUGUCCGGAAAAAGAAUUGCUACAUAGAUUAUCGGAACAUCAGGUUAUGACGCUAGAAACAGUCAUUGACUCUGACGGCGUGCUGGAGCCUUGGCGUGCGGUGAAACAGUACAGUAGAAGCUCUGCCGACCAGGAGAUACCUAUGUGCUAUGAGUUAAGACCGGCCAGCGUUCUUAUGCGCACCAGUGCUUAUUUGCUGCACGAGAUAGCUGAUACUACACGGCAGGUGACGCUAGCAGACUGGUUCCAUUUCAUGUGGGAUCGAUUUCGAGGAAUUCGGAAAGACAUUACUCAACAGGCUCUUUGUUGUUCAGAAUCCAUACGCCUGGUUGAGAUUUGUGCUCGUUUCCAUGCGCACUGCGCCGCUCGCCUCGCUGACCUUGAAAAUACACAGUUUGACCAAAAAUUGAACACUGACAAUCUCACCAAGUGUCUGCAAACCCUCAAACACAUGUAUGCAGAUGUUGGGCCCGAGUGUAAACCCAACGAGGCAGAGUUCCGGGGGUACAUCGCGCUCCUGAAUCUCGGAGACGCGAACUUCUUGUGGGAGAUUAAACAAUUACCACAGAUCAUCCAAAAAUCUCAAUCUAUCAUGUUCGCCAUUCAAAUAUACACAACACUUGAUAACAACAAUUACGUGAAAUUCUUCCGUCUCGUUCAAGAAAAAGCUACAUAUCUUCAAGCAUGUAUUCUUCUGCGAUAUUUCAAUGACGUGAGGGCACGAGCGUUAGCGAGGAUUGUGAAAGCAUAUGCACCCAGAGGAGGUUCCCGAUAUCCUGCAGAAGAUCUAAUGAACACCCUCGCUUUUGAAUCAGUCGAAAACAUGAAGUCAUUUGUUAAUCAUUAUGGUUUGCGAUUUUCGAAAACUAAUACAGAGCUUACUGUUAUUUUGAACAGAAAUCACUUCAUUGAAGAUAGUGAUCCAUACCCUCUUUCUAGAGCUAUAAAUCUGAUAGAAAUUAAGCGACAAUGUACUGUUGGCGAAGUUAUUUCGGGUGGUCAACUUCCACUUUACAAUUAUGCGGGACAUGAUCUUUAUUCGAGUUUCAAUACAGACGGAAGAUUAAAAGAAACUGCAUUAAUUGCUGAAGAUUUAGGUUAUAAUACCCUAAAUGACAGCAAUAAACAUGUGCAGGCAUUAAAAUUAGAAUUGCAAAAAUUAUUACAAGGAAGAAGCUUUGAGAAUAUAGAAAGAGUGGCAGAACCGGCCAAAAAUAUCGUGAGAACGGAAGCAAAGCAAAGAAAAGAAUUUAACACAUUUACUAAAACCACGAUUGAGACACCUGUAAGCAAAUUAUUCUCAUUCCAACCAGCUACACCAGUUGCCCCGACAGAGGUUAUAACUAAUUCUCCUGAAAAAGUCUUACCGGAGAGUUCCAAAAAUUUAUUCACCUUUUCGAAACCACAGGAAACUAAAGCAAACGUACGUGCAAAAGACUUAAUGGGUAGUGUAUUUGCAGCUAAAUCUAUUAUUGAACCAAAAAUAAAUACAGAUAGUAAAAAUGUUUUUACUAAUGCAAAUGUAAGAGGCAACAUGUUUACCAAUGUCAAAGAUGCAUUUAAAACUACUGAACCCAGUAAUGUAUUCCAAAAUGCGUCAGUUGUAAAGUCUAUAUUUGGACAGCAAAACGAUAUUAAUUCACAGGAAAACAAAACAGGAAAUGUAAUUAACAAGAAUAUUUUUGCAAGCACUAACACUAAUUUAUUUUCUCAAACUGGUGCUAAUAAAAACAUAUUUUCGAAUGCAGUAACCAAUUUAUUCAGCAACUCUCAUAAUGUAGAAAAAAGUGCUAAUCUAUUUGCAAAACCACAAGAAUCACUACAGCCUAAUAUCUUUGGAUCAAAUGAAAAAACACAGACUCUUUUAGAUCCGCAAUCUAUUUUUAAGGCGGAGAACAUUAAUAAAAAUAUCUCUAAUGGUGAUACUGCAGUAAUGUCACCAAGCAGCUUAUUCAAAAGCGCGAAUGAACCUGCAUUAGUUACCAAUUACACAAUUUUUCAAACCAAAAAUAAAGCACCAACAGUGGCCGAUAAUAUUUUUAAUUCUGUACAAUCAAAAGACGACGUUUAUGAAUUUGUCAAUAGUGACAACGAUAAUAACUACCUACAAAGCAAUGCUGAGCGAGAUUUUCAACAGGAAGAAAGGAAGCGUCAAGAAGAAGAAAUUAAACGCCAAGAAGAAGAAAGACAGCGCCUAGAGGAGGAAGAACGAAAACGCCAAGAACAAGAAAGACAGCGCCAGGAAGAAAUAAAACUUCUUGAAUUGAAAAGAAAAGAAGAAGAACAACGAAAACAAGAGGAGCUUAGGCUGGAAGAACUAAGGAAAAUCGAAGAAAAGCGUAAAAAAGAAGAGCAGGUGAGACAAGAAGAAUUACGAAAAAAAAUAGAGGAAGAAAAAAUAAUGGAAUUAAAACGGCAGGCAGAGGAGCAGGAAAGACAAUUUAAGGAAAGAGUAGAAAAAGAAUCUUUAGAACUUAUAGAUGAACUUGUAAGAGAGGUCAAUGAUGAAACUAUUCAUGUUAUUUUAAAUGAAGAGGUUGAACGCUUAAUGAAAUUGGUUUCUUAUGCUAAGGAAAUCACUGAAGAUAUACUUACCGAAUUAUCUAAUGAAAUCUGCGUAUCGGAAAUAAAAGCUGAAAUAUUUCGAACUAGGAAAAUGUCGCAAAAGUGGUUUCAUAUUUGGAGAAAUCAAUUUAUUAGGAACUGUAAAAGACGAACUCUGUUAGAGGAUACGCCGGUUUGGUUAACAAAUAAUAAUCACCAAAUAGAAGCCAAAUUUCUGAGACGUGCAACAGAAGAAGCGGCGUUGAGUAAUAUGAAUGCUAUUCAUAGAGGGUACAGGUUUGUAGGUGAAUUGAAAUCAAUACCUCCUCCAAAACCGUACAACAUUGUAGAUUUAAUACGAUCACCUCUUUUAAAACGCAUGAAGCAAAUUGAACAUCCAUAUGAUAAGUGUUUUUUUUGGAAAGUAACUUUAGUAACAUCUAGUACAAAAUGGCUUUAUAGGAAAAUUCAUAUUGAAAAAUGGAUAAAGGAAGCAAUGGGUGACAGUAAAAAUCAUGAAAUUAGUAACACACUUAUCCACGUAGGAAAACAAUCAUGGAAUAAUUUAAUAGACUUUGCUGUUUCUGUUAGUUUAAUCAAAAGUGAAGAUUUUAGUAUUGCCAAUGAAGCAUUAAACGGUACAAAUGGUGUAAUAUUUUAUGCUACUGAAAAUGAUAAUAAUUACAUAGAAGUGAUUGAGCAGACUUUAAAACAUAAAUACCAAUAUCAAAUAGUUCCGAUCGCAGUAAUUAUAGCAGAAUCUCAUGAACCGAUGCAGCUAAAAUAUAUUAAUGAGAAGUUAACAUUAUUUAGAAAUAAUGGUACUAUUUCAGAUUAUAAAUUUUUUUCCGUCGAACUUACAAAUAUAGCAAAUUCGAUUAAUACUUGUACGAAAAGCGCUUUAAAAUGGCUCGCAAAAAAUUCUCCAAAAACACCCAGUCUUGAAAUAGAUCAUUUAAAAUCAAUUUGUCAGAGAUAUCUUGGUAAUGAAAUAUGGUACAAACUAAAGUGUGAAAAGGAUAAAAGAACAGAAACUGUUCUUAAAAGUUUACAUAAACUCGUUGCUUGUUACAAUGUAGCUGUAGAUAAGUUAACACAAGUGAUAACAGAUGAAGACCUUUUCAACUAUCCCUCUUUUCCAUUAGAAUUUGAUCAAUAUUUAGAUAAAAUGUCUCCAUACCCAAAACCGUACGAAUUUAUUCCUAGUAAUGUGAAACAAUCAGACAAUACUAUUGCCAUUAUUAAUAUAAUGCAAAAGCUUAAACUUCCAGAUCCAAAUAAUGCUUUCCCCAAGAGUAUAUGUAACAUGCAAGAGCAGAUACGUAAAUACUGCAAUCAGAUUGGUUGGUUUUCUGAUCCCGAAGAGGUGGUUUGCAAAGUUGUUGCCAUUUUACCCAGUGAACUAGUUGAUACAAGUAUACCAAGUGAUCAAUUUAGUCAGUACUUCCAUAACUAUGAUCUCAUAGAUUUGUUAAAUGUAAUAGUGUAUGCGAAAAUUAAUAGCUUAGACAAUUUUGAGAACAGAUUUGCGAUGUACAAAAAACCUGUCCUAGAUGAAUAUCGGAAUAUUCAUUGGUUGUUUGAAAUUGAAGUUUAUUCAAAAGCAAAACACAAAGUUUUGGAAUAUGAAGAUGAAUUAGAUUAUUUCAUAGAAGCUAAACGGCGAAGGUUAGAUGAAGAUUCGCAAGAAUAUUUAAUGCUUGAAGAAAAUGACACUUCAAAUGUGGAACAAAGUAUACAAAUGGCAGAUAUUAAUAUAUCUGCAUUUGAUACUUAUAAAGAUGCUGUAUCUCAAUUGGAAGAUCAACUAAAUGAAGAAAAAAAGAAAUCCGAUGAACUUGAGCAGUUACUCAGAUCAGCACUUUCUAAUGUGUAAAAGCAUGUUCUAAAAUGUAAUAAUAUUUUAUGAAUGUAUUUAUUUCAAUGUAAUAAAUAUAAUUUUAUAAUAAAUAAUAUAAUUUAUUCACUUAAUACAAAUUCGGAUCGAUUGAUUAAGACACUGAUACCCAAGUUAAUAUUCGCAUGAUGGGGAUCAGUGCUUUCCCCUGUAGGAUAUAGUAGUGUUUGAGCAGAAUGAUUACAAAUUGUUAAUUUAUAAAUGAUUGAGUAACAUGAAAUUUCAAGAUAAAUGUCUUAUUAAAUGAUUGGCGAUAAGGUAAUUCUAAACUUACUACCAUCGCUUAAGGCAGCAUUAUUUUAAUUUUGUUGAUGCCCUCAUUACAGAGCUAUAAAUUCUUACUGCUGCUAUGUUAGCGAAUCCCAAGGACUGCAUACAUAUAUAUCAAGGGGCGUGCUACGUUGAAAUUUAAAUUUUUUAAAACAGUUAUACAUAAACAUAAAGUGAAUUUCCUGUGUACCAUUAAUAUUAUUAUUUCAAGAUGUAUAGACGUUUAUUCAUGUUAUCAUCGCAAAACAUUAAACCAGCCAUAGAAAACCUCUAGA